ACUAAAGAAACUAUCGCCUGAGUAAGCCUUAGAGACUACCACGCUCCAUUCACGUCGUUUGAUUGUCAAACUAGAUUCACCAGGCGGUUAUUUCUACUUCCUACCAUUAAACGACUCCAAAACACUCGUGUACCACAUCACGUUACAAUCAAGAUGAAGUUUCUCACUAUCGUGUCUGCCCUGGCGCUGGCGACAAUAGUUGCAGCAGACGACCCAAGCACAUCAUCAAAAAAAAAGCUGUGUAUCAACGGGUGCAUCAAGUGCUACUGCGGCGAUAUUAAAUACGACGAUCACGUAUGCAACCUGUGCAGCUGUAACCAAGACGCGUACAAGUCGACCAACGCCAGCAACCCGCAGGGCAACUGCGACCAGCCGGGUGGCUUCUCUGUCGACUGCGGGCAUAACGUCGGUGGAAUAUGCGUAUUAUAGACAAGACAAGGCUCUCUGUAGUCUGGUUUAAGGCUUUGAUGGGUAACAAAUGUAUUGUGUAUAACAAAUAUUUUGUUAUUUGAAUAAGGAUAAACGUAGAGAGGAUUAGAUAAGCAACCGCAAUUUAGGCUUAGUAGACAAUCACGUUCAGUGCAGCUGGAAAUAUUGAAGAUUAAUGUACAGGUUAGCUAAUAGAAGAUAAUAUGAGAUGGGCUAACUUAGUACGCAUAAAAACCUACCCG